AUGCGAUUUACAUCAAGAGUUUGUGUACUUUUGUACGUAUCAAUCGUCCUUUAUUUGCUCUUUCGAUUUAUAUCAUGGGCAUUUUCAUCAGUUUGCGAGGAAACAGACAGAGGCCUCGUAGACGAAGCGCAUAUUCUUCAGCUUUACGGUGGCUGGGGCCGCCAUCUGUACUACCAUCGACUGUGCAAUGAGACGUCGAAGCGUUACUACUACAUCGAACCAUAUGCUUAUCUGAAUAGCCUUUUCAAAUUUCGCCCAGAAACCAACUACCCGAUCCUCCAGCGCCCAAAUGACUGUCCCUCUAUUCCCGUGGGCGAGCUCUUAAUUCUGGUUGGAAUAAAAACGAUGCCUUCCAAAGUUGCCCUGCGCAACGCCCUGCGCAACACGUGGCUCAACCCUGCCGACUGGGCCGACGCAUACAGUUCAACUAAAAUCCACCUCUAUCCAAUCUUCCUGCUAGGCGAUGACUCUCACGCCACUAAUGUUCACGAAGAAGCAGACAAAUACGGCGACAUCCUGCAGUAUCAAUUUUCAGAGUCUCAUUAUAACCUCACCGUCAAAGAUAACAUGUUCUUCGAGUUCUUCCAGACCAGCUGCCCAAACGCGGAUUACAUAUUAAAAGGAGACGAUGAUAUAUUGCUCAUCCCCGAAAAUCUCCUCGGACACCUAGACUUGAUAAAUUCAACUACGCAACUUAUCGGCUGCAUGCAUCGGAACGAAGAGAUAAAUCGAAAUAUUAGAAGUAAAUACUACAUGCCAUCGGAACUGGUGCCGAUGGAUCACUACCCAAAUUACUUCUCCGGAGCUGCUUAUUUAAUCACGAAACAAGUGGCAUCCGAGCUGGCGGCUGCGCGUUUCACUGUUCCCAUGCUCCCCCUAGACGACACAUGGGUCGGUGUGCUAAUCAAUUCCAUCAAUAGAACAGGAGACAUGUACUCAUCGGACUCCAUCUGUACUGGCGUGCAUGUCGUGCCUAAGGGCUCAGGCGGCUGGUCUAUGGCAAACGACUACGAUGAUCCUUGCUUUCUGGCAGGCCUAACAAUUUAUCAUCGAUACCCAUCACCAGAACGCUUGAGAAAGGCGUACCAGAACUUGCGCCAGAAAAAUGUCACUCAGUUGUGUCACGAUCGAGCGCAAGAAACGAUCGACAAUGUAGCGAAAAAAGAGCAAACCGUUGCUAAUCUGAAACAAACGAUGGAGGUGAAAGCCAAGGCAAAGAGGUCCUUCACUCGGCAAGUGUUCAAAGCAAAACAGGCAGUGAAAAAUGUGGUGACACGAGAAACUCAGCACCAGAGCCAGCGGGAUUUUACAAUCGAAGAUUGGGGUCGAAAAAUUCAUCACCAACAAGAAGAAAGCAAAGAGUUUCAAAAACAGCUACAGAAAUAUAUUGCUUCGUUGCGGCAACUCGCAAAUGAAAGAACAAAAUUGAUUGACCUUCUUGUUUUGGGGUAUCCGGCAGCAUGGGGCAGUAAAGAGAAGAUUAUUGACUGUCAACGAGCGCAGGAAGAUGUCUUUGAUGAUUGCAUUUCCAGUCUCAAUAUGGACACGAUGAAUAAAUUGACUACUUACUCAGCCAUGUUUCCAGAGUUAAAAAAUCAAAUAGCUCGACUUGAACGACGUCGGAUUGACCUUGACUCGGCAAAGGACAGCUUCGAAAAAGUGAAGCAGGCGAAGGCUGUCAAUUCAGGAAAGGUGCAGCGUGUCAAGAGCACCAUGGACAACGCGCAAGAAAAGUUCGACUCUAUGUCUCGCCAACUGCGGGAAGAUCUUCCGCAAGUCUACUCUAGCCGGGCAGGGUUAAUAGGAUACAUCUUUGGGUCUUGGAUAAAGCAAGAAAUGGAGAUGCACUCGCAACUCGACCAGGAAAACAUUGUUAUUGAAAAACUAAUGAUACAGCUUCAAAGGGAUCACACAAGUGGAAAACUGCGAUCAACUACAGCUGAGUCAAGCCGCCAGUCUAACCGAGGGAAUAGUUCUCGAGAAAGUGAGUCCUCUUAUGGCUCUGGGUCAGUGCAAUUUCCUCGACACGAUAGUACGAAAGAUAAAAAAUCGCCGCGAAAAAGCUCAAUAUCAAAUUUACCAAUUCACAUUCCACUACGCGUUCCUGCACGGCCGCCAUCACCUGAUCCUCAAAUUGCACAAUUAUCGGACGUAUCAUCUGAGUAUCCAGACCCAACGCCAGCAAAUGAAGUUAUCCCAAAGACAAAGGAAUUAUCACACGACUACGUUGACAUCGAUCAACCGUUAGAAAAGAAUGCGAAUGAUCCAGUUGCACCAGAAGACAUCAAGAAAUUCUCAAAAAGAGAAGCUCCUUCUCCACCACAGCAGAAAGAAAACUGUUUGAGUACAAGCGAAAAUAAAGCAAUAGCAAGGACGGUCUCGGACUCUGUUGUCAGUGAGAGAGCAUCAUUGGAUUUGCUUGUAAAAACUAAAUCGUUGGAGAUUGCGGGCCCGCCAGUACAAAGUAAUCCACGAUUCAAAGAAGCUCCGAACCAUGUGAAAAUGGCUAGAACUAGCUCUAGGGCAGAUGAUGAGCAAGGAGGCGGCAGUCAAAACAUUCAUCCACAUUCAAAGCUCCAGAAUUUCGACUUUAUUGAGGAAGAACCACAAGAACUAAUUCUCAAGACAGAACCAGAACCAAACAAAGCCGUAAUUGAAGCGAGAAGUCCAAGUCCUGUAAAGAUUGUCAACGCUGCUCAGUCUGGCAGUCCUUCUCACCCACCACCAGUUCCCCCUCCGCCGUACAGUAAUAGCCAGUCGAGCGUACAGAUGCCAGAUGGAUAUGAACGAACAGUUGUCGCAGUUUACAAUUACUCAGCUGCCGAUGAAGACGAGUUAUGUUUCAAUAAAGGCGAUUUGAUUCUUGUUAUCAAACAUCCUCAGCCGGAUGAACAGGACGAAGGCUGGCUCUUAGGUAUCCGUAAAAGUGUUUGGGAGUCGAACUCAGAUCUAAAAGCCAGCUGGGGCUUAUUUCCAGAAAACUUCACGAAAGCUUUGGACUAA